AUGAAAAUGGUGUUGUCACAACGGCAACGGGAGGAGCUGAACAAAGCCAUUGCCGAUUACUUGGGCAGCAAUGGGUACACGGACGCGCUGGAAGCGUUCAAGAAAGAAGCGGACAUGACCGGCGAAAUGGAUCGCAAGUUUGGCGGACUCCUAGAGAAGAAGUGGACAUCGGUCAUCAGGUUACAGAAGAAGGUCAUGGAACUGGAGUCGAAGCUGUCCGAGGCACAGAAAGAGUUCAUAGAGGGCGCACCGACGCGUGCGAAACGCACGCCAACCGAGUGGAUCCCUAGGCCACCCGAAAAGUUCAGCCUUACUGGCCAUCGAGCUACUAUUACUAAAGUAAUAUUUCAUCCAGUGUUCAGCUUACUGGUGUCGUCGAGCGAAGACGCCACCAUCAAGGUGUGGGACUUUGAGAACGGCGAUUUCGAACGAACCCUGAAAGGUCACACCGACUCUGUUCAAGAUAUCGCGUUCGAUCAUCAUGGAAACUUAUUGGUAUCGUGCAGUGCGGACAUGUCUAUCAAGCUGUGGGACUUCAACCAGACGUACGAGUGCGUCAAGACGAUGCACGGGCACGACCACAACGUGUCUUCGGUCGCUUUCUCCCCCAGCGGGGACAUUGUCUACUCGGCCAGCCGGGAUAAGACUAUCAAGGCUUGGGAGGUUGCUACUGGAUAUUGUGUCAAGACGUACAAGGGUCAUCGCGAGUGGGUGCGCAUGGUUCGCGUUUCUGCCGACGGCACUCUUCUCGCGUCUUGCUCCAACGACCAGACCGUGCGCAUAUGGAACGCUGACACUAAUGAGUGCAAGGUUGAAUUGCGUGAACACGAACACGUAGUGGAGUGUGUCGCUUGGGCGCCCGAAAGUGCCGCCGCAGCUAUCAACGAGGCGGCGGGCGGAGAUAACCGCAGAGCAAACCACGUUGGACCUUUCUUGGCGAGUGGAUCACGAGAUAAAUCUGUUAAGAUAUGGGACGUUAGCACCGGCGUAUGUCUAGCCACACUUGUGGGCCACGACAAUUGGGUGCGAGGCGCUGUCUGGCAUCCCGGCGGUAGGUACUUACUCACAGCCUCCGACGACAAGACCCUGCGCGUCUGGGACGUUGCGCACACGCGCUGCCUGAAGACACUGUACGCGCACCAACAUUUCGCCACCAGCGUCGAUUUCCACAAAAACUUGCCAUACGUCAUCUCGGGCAGCGUCGAUCAGACCGUGAAAGUUUGGGAGUGUCGUUAA